UCAGUGAACAAGCACAAGCCGUGGAUAGAGACGUCCUAUCAUGGUGUUAUCACAGAGAACUCCGAUGUCGUCGUGCUGGACCCUCCGCUUGUGGCGCUGGACAAGGAUGCCCCCAUCCCCUAUGCAGGAGAGAUCUGUGGGUUCCGUAUCCUCGGCCUGGAUGUUCCGUUCGAGGCAGUGGUUCUGAACGAGACGUCGGGGGAGGGGCAACUGCAGGCCCGGGAGCCAAUCGACUGUGAGCGCCAGAAGGAGUUUUCCUUCCUCAUCCAGGCCCAUGACUGCGGAGCUGGACCAGGAGGGCCCAUCGGCAAAAAGUCUCACAAAGCAGUGGUACAUGUCCAGGUUGAUGAUGUAAACGAGUUCUCUCCCGUCUUCUCGCGGUCGGAGUACCGUGCCGAUGUCACGGAGGGGCGUGUCUAUGACGUCAUCCUUCAGGUGCAGGCCAGCGACCAGGACUGUUCCCCGCAGUACAGCCAGAUCUGCAACUACCACAUCCUCACCAAACACACACCCUUUGCCAUCGACCGCAAUGGAAACAUCCGUAACACGGAGCGUCUGAGCUUCGAGGAGCAGGCCCUGUAUGAGCUGCAGGUGACGGCCUUCGACUGCGGCCAGCGGGAGUCCUCUCACAGCGUGGCCGUCUACAUCAGCGUCAAGCCUGUCUGCAAGCCAGGAUGGCAGGGUUGGAGCAAGCGUGUUGACUAUGAGCCAGGCAUGGGCAGCAAGCAGCUCUUUCCCAGCAUGCACCUGGAGACGUGUGGCUGGAGCCUGUCGUCCGUGCGGAUCAUGGUAGAGCUGCAGACCACACACAUCGGGAAGGGCUGCGACCGUGAGACCUACUCCGAGAAGGCCCUCCAGAGACUCUGUGGGGCAUCCUCAGGCAGCACUGAUCUGCUUCCCGCUCCAAGUCUGUCCACCAAUUGGACUGCUGCGUUGGUGACAGAGGGAGGGCGGGAAGGUGACCUCAUCUUCCGCUUUGAUGGACGGCAGGCAGCGAAGGUCCCUGAUUGGGUGGCGCCGGGCAACCUGACGGACCAGUUCACCAUCGCCACCUGGAUGAAGCACGGACCCAGCCCAGGCCAGCGCGCAGACAAGGAGACACUGCUGUGCAACUCAGACAAGACAGAGAUGAACAGACACCAUUACUCUCUGUAUGUGCAUAACUGUCGUCUGGUGUUUCUGCUGCGGCGGGACGACAGCCUCACAGACUCCUUCAGACCAGCGGAGUUCCACUGGAAACUGGAGCAGAUCUGUGAUAAAGAGUGGCAUUAUUAUGUCAUCAAUGUGGAAUUUCCCAUGGUGACACUCUAUGUCGAUGGAGUGACCUAUGACCCCUACCUGGUGACAGACGAUUGGCCGAUUCACUCCUCUCACAUAGACCUUCAGCUGACUGUGGGAGCCUGCUGGCAAGGUGGAGAGGUCAGUAAGAGGAGGUUUACUCAGUACUUCCGGGGCAGUCUGUCUGGCUUGACCCUGCGGCCAGGAAAGAUUGAGACGCGUAAGGUCAUCUCCUGCCUGCAGGCCUGUAAGGAGGGACUGGACAUCAGCUCUCUCCAGAGCCUGGGGAAGGCCAUUAAGUUCCACUUCAACCCGUCCCAGUCUCUGCUGGUGAUGGAGGCAGAGGAUGUGCAGCGUGUGAGUGGUGCCCUGAGGAAGGUGUCCUACAUCAACUCACGCCAGUUCCCCACACCUGGUGUUCGACGCCUCAGACUGGCCUCAUCAGUACAGUGUUUCAGUGAGGAUGAGUGCAUCUCUAUUCCGGAUAUUGAGUCGGUUGUCAUGGUGAUGCAACCCAGUGAGCCCCGCAUUACCAUCACAGGGGCGGAGCAUGUGACUAGCCCCGCCUCUGAUGUGAAGGGCGUGGCCGGGCUGAGGCUGUUCCCUGACCUGCACAUCAGCACUGUAACCGCCGGCAACAGGCCUAGCAACAGUGCUGCUAAUGGCCACAGGACCGGUGUUCUGGAGGAGAGUAUCCACAACCUGGACUACUGUGAUAUUCUGGUGCUGGGGGAGGAGCUUAAGACAGGGCAAGAGAGUCUUCAGCUGCACAGGAGCUUCCUAUUGGCCACACACCUGGAAUGUACCAACUCCACCACGGGGAUGUCCAUAUAUGGUGUGGACUCCAUGGUGAACUACGCAGAGGUGAUGAGGCACGUGUACUAUCAGAACCGGCAGCCGGAGAUCUCUGUGCGGAACUUCCGCCUCACCUGCUCCGAACUCAACGGCCGGUACACCUCCAACCAGUUCAGCCUGGAGGUCAACAUCCUGCACAGCUUAGAGGCUGCUGAACAUGCCAAUCACAUGAUGGCCCCGCCCCCCUUCACACAGGUGGUCCAUCAUCCUCUCAUGCUCCGUGCUGCUGACAGCUCAGGCGUGCCCAGUCUAGCGGGUCUGGUUCUGCUGGUGUGUGUGGUGGUUCUGGUGGUAGUGAUGGUGGUGGGGGCGUACAGGAUCCACGUCACACUCCGUCAGGACAACGGCAGCACACACACACUCACACACACGGGUCAGCUCUGGGACGAGUCCGCACUCACCAUCACAGUCAACCCCAUGGAGAGUUUUCAAGAGGCCCUGGCUGCAGUAGGAGAGCUCACUGACGAUGAGGAGGAAGAUGAUGACGAAGAGGAGGCCGAUGAUGGUGAUGAGAAUGAUGAGGAUGAUGAUGAUGAAGAAGAUGAUGACAUCACUAGUGUUGAGUCUGACAGUGAAGGGGAUGGCGAGGAUUUAACCACCAUGCAACCGGCGAGCUGGAGGAGGGCCCAGCAAGACUGGGACAAUAUGGCACCUUUCUGAACACACACACACACAGACAUGCACACACACACACACACACACACACACACACACACACACACACACACACACACACACACACACACACACACACACAGACAUAUCCAUACUCUCAGAACACAAUCAAGUGCAUGUACACGCACACAUAACAAACGCACACACACACACACACACAC